AUUGUCCAUAUUCACCCAUCUACCUCAUCUCCAUUGACUUCGUCCGAAACCUCCCCACUUCCAACCAGAAUCGAGCAAAGAGACCGGCCAGGUCUCAGGAGGUCACAUUCCGCUUCUCCUUUUUCUGACUUUCCAACCAAGAGUUUGCUGUGGGUGACCGUUCAUUGGACUGGACUGCCUAUCGACGUGGCAUUCCUGCUCUUGUCCAGGUGGUGCGAGUAAUCGCAUUCCUACAUCAUUCCUGACCCAUCCCUUUUCUACCCCCGGCCCAGUCAAACUUGAGCUUGACCAUGCUCCAAGACACCGAUCAUCCCUCGAUUACUGCCACGUCCGUCAUCGACACUCCGAACCCCCCCUCGAUAAAUUCUCCGACCGAGCGAAAAGGACCGUUUCAGCCCUGCAAUGACCCCCCGGUGUCCCACCAAGACGUUCCUGCGAUUUCGCUAGCAAAGCGCUCGGAUGCAGUUCCGCCAGAGAAACGGUCAUUGCCCAACCAGUCUUUCCACCGUCGUGCAAAUACCGAGUUUAUUGUUCGACGUCAGUCGCCUCUGCCGGCCAGACAACUCUUUGCGGAUCAGUCCAAGACACUAGAAGACCUCGACAAUCGGGACGGGACCUCAAGCCCGCCAGCGGAGAAUCUCACUCGGAGGAAACUCGAAGAAGGUGCGAAGCUAUUGACGGGCUGGUUUCAGGGGAAGUCCGAACCAGUCAAUCUGGGGGUGGUUUCUCAGUCAGAGUCUACCGGAACAUCGACCAUGGACACCCGCGACUUUUACGGAUCCUCUAGGCUCCCGCCGUCUCGGGCACAAAAGCGUAUGACGGCACCUUCACCCUUAAAGCAGGUAACCUCGUCGAGCCCUUUCUCUUUCUUUGGGUUGAAGCGCCAGGAAACCAGAUUGGAGCUCCCUGAGCCUGCAGAUGAUGAACUCUUGAAUCUAGACAUCGCUGCUGCUCUAUUUCCGACCGCAUCUACCAGUCCCAACGACCAAGAAGCGUUCGACACUCUUAGAAGCAACGCGGAGAAUGUUAUUAAAAGAUUUCAGGCGGCAUAUAAGCAGAGAACGUUCGCCUUACACGAAGCACUAGCCGACAAAGGCGAGAAACAGGAAGAGCUCGAAGAAACCCGGACGCGAGUCGGAAGCCUGAAGAUACAGUUAGAUGGUAUGGCAGAGAAGGUAAAUCAACAAGAAAAGGCCAUGAAUGCCAUGGCAGAAGAAUUGGAGCAUGAGAGACAACUGCGUCAAAGAGAAGAUGAAGCGCGCUUGCGCAGCAUCAGGCUCAUCAGAUCUAGUGAUGAUGAGAGCAUCUCCGACCUGGGUGCUGAUCUUCAGACUCCUAAGCGGAGCCUGAAAAGGGCUAGCAAUGCUACAUAUGCUAGUGAUUCGGGCUUUGAUUCGGGAGACGAAAGUCUCGCAGAAAGCGUAUUCUCGCGGCGGGAGGGUCUUGAAUCACCCUCUUCUACAGUAGCUCCUUCACCCAGCAUCUCUCAAAUCACAUUACCUGCAGCAGUCUCGACCCCUCUGAAAGACAAAGAACUCAAACCUCUCCCCCAAACACCGACACCACGACAAUCGACGUAUGACCGGGUGAUCAAAGGUAUUGCCGGCUCGUGGAUGAAUAACUCCAAAUGUGGAAUUUGUCACGGCGUUCCUUCUUCUGAAGCCUGGAGUGUCUUAGGUAUUCUCAAGGAAGAAAAUAAAGGCUUGAAAGAGCGUUUGGGCGAACUUGAGAUGGUCAUCGAUGAUUGUCUGAUCAUGGUCGGCCCCUAAUAAAUAUGGAAUGUACUCGAAGGGAUAUGAGCUUCCUUAUUUACCAUGAAAACAUACAGCGUCUUAAGAUGACAAGAUAUAAACGGGUGACCUUUGAAAUGGCCCAUACCUACGAUGGAGAGACAAGCGUGAUAUUUUUCCUUUACUUUUCUUUUGUUCUUUUCUGAAUCCGCUUGGAAUGAAUUGUUAUUAUACCACGAUACCUAUUAGCUUGAACAGUCUAUAUCAAAUAAUGGAACCUAGA